AUGGCUACUCGUAAGCGGGUCUUCUCAGAUGUGGAUGCAGGGGCUUCCCCUUCUUACUGGGAUGACAUUCGUAUGAUGUAUGACGCCUCGGCUUCCUUGAACAUUCCCAUGGGGCAUGGAGGCGCUUUUCAUGUUGCUUUGGACGGCCGAGCUAACUGGCAUGAGGGUCGCUGGCUUCUUCCGGGAGCUUUGAUCGCGAGUUGGUUUUCAGACUGCCCAGAGGCACAUACCGGCAGUGGCGCACGUGUAGUGGUUGCAGUUACGGAAGCAGUCUACCAAGCGGUGGCACGCCACUCAGCUGUGCUACGCAUCCUGCAGGCGCAGGUCCACCAGGAUCAAGAGACGUGUGUCAUUGACACAUGCAGUGGACGGUCAGUAGUCGCUGGCACUUGUAUAUCGUCUAGCUCUGCGGAAACGGUAGAAGUUGCUGAAAUCUUUGCAGGGGGCUUCUGUGGUUGGAGCCAGGGCUUGAGGGUCCUCAACUCCUUCGGAUAUCAGGGUCGCGUCAAAUGGCUUUUGGACACUGCUGAAGAUUGCUUUCUGGGGUGCCGGCAAGUGAACCCAGGAACAACACCCGUCUUCCAACAGACCGAGCUUCUAGAGGUUUGGCAGUCGCCGGAGCCCACAUUCAUUUGCUCUAGCCUUGAAUUUGGGUGGUGGCUUCAGGGCCCUGCGCUGACAAAUCCCAAGAUCGUUUGUGCCUCUGCACCGUGUCAGCCGUGGAGCACAGGAGGCAGUGGUCCGGGCCUUGAGGACCCGGACGGCCUGUUGCUUCUACACUUGUUUGGCCAAUUGGCCUUCUUGCAGACUCCCUUUGUCAUCCUAGAACAGGUUGCUGGGUUUCGGCAGCACAGGCAUUUUGAGAUAGUUGAAAAGGCGUGGACCGAGGCAGGAUACUCUGAAGCAUGGUCUGAGGUCAUGGACAUUCUGGAAUGCACGCCUGUCACACGCAAGCGCUUCCUUAUUGUCUUGAAACAUCGUAGUGCCACAGCCCCACGCCUCGAAACAGACCGGCCUGUUUUGCCGCUGCGCCCGACCAUAGGAAGCUUUGACUGCAUUCUCGAACUGCCAGUGGGACUGCAUCAGGCCUGCAGCUUGUCACCAGAGACCUUGGCAAUAUACCUGGAUGCUUGGUACCUGCCACCAACCCGUCAUGUUCAUGCUAAGCCCCAAAGCCCUCAGGGAUUUCGGUUUCGCAGUCUAAGUGACAGGGCCACUUGUUUUGUCGCACAGUACCAUUUCCAGCACGAGCUUUCACCGAGGGCCUUGGAGACUGCAGGGCUUUAUGGCACGCUCCUACAACUGCCGAAAGAGGUCAGAUUUUUCAGUGGCGCCGAAAUUGCUUUGAUGCACGGCCUGGUCUGCCCGAUGUGGCUUGAUAAGGAUGACAGGUGCCAAAUGAAGCAUAUGGGCAACGGGCUCUCGCCGCUCCACGCGGUCGUGCCCUUGGCUCUGGCCCUUCAGGCAGUUGGGCCCCGAUCUCUGCAGGUGUCAACUGCGCAGGCUUUGCUCCAGUGUCUGUCUAUGCGCUAUCGUGCUUCUCAGGUUAAGUUCCUUGAAUUCCGGGAAGGAUGGGUUCUUUUUCGUGAGGGUGAGGCUUUUGGAGCAUUGGUUGAGGUCUUUUCCUCUUGGGUUCCAAGACAGCGCCUGCCGGACGCCGCAUCCCUGUUUGGGCGUCUUGCGCUCUGCGAUGCGCAUGAUGCAUGCCAGCUUGUAAUUGCGCCUGACGUGUCCCUGCCGGCCAUGCUCGCUUACUUGGGAACUCCAGCAGGGUUUGCAGGCUUCUUUGAAGAGGAUGCCUGGGCUAACCUGGAGGGAUUCAAAAUCAAGUGUAGGGACGACCUUCAGGGCACGGUCAGCUUCCGCAUUGCAGAUGCACUGCCUAAGGAUCCGGUGCACCUUGGUUUGGAUCAAUUGUCAGGGUUCUCCCAGGUGCGUGCUGCAGCUCCCCCGCGGUUUAGUUUGACUGGGGCUGUCACGCUCCCCUUCUGCAAAUCCUUCCCAGUUUUCAACUUCCUGGCGCAGGGCUGGGCUGUCCACCUGCACCCCACGGUGACGGAAGCAGCAGUUCGUGCGGGUAUUCAUUUCACCGCCACUCGUGACUGCUUUCGCAUGCCUGAAACCAGGGUUCUGCCAACAUGCGCCAAGCACCUACUGGCUUGCCUUUUUGACGAAAUCGAGCAUAUCGCCUGCAAGGAUGAUUCUCUCAGGGUUUCUUGUAAGCUUCAGGUUGAGGGUCGCACCUUCUGGCAAGGUUUGCUUCCGGCCGGAUUGGAAUUUGAGGAGCUUGCUGAUUUAUGGGAUGCUGCCCACGAGGCCCUCCGUGUCAUUGCUCCGGCCAGGGUCUACUCCGGCCCAAAACCCGUCCCCUCGGCUUUGACCUUGCUUCAGGCCCGUCGCGGGCCGGUCCCACCAGGUUUUGUCAACAAGGCCGGCUGGCUGCUCAUCUCAUACAUGCCCGAAACACGGGGAGGAGGCGCCAAGGACAUCAAAUACCAGUCAGCCCAGACUGAGGUCGCCCAGUUACUGCUGGAGCAAGGGCUUUCCCUCAGCCAAACCACUGCUGUGGUGGAUCGUUUGCUUCCACUGGCUGGCGUCCCAAGGUUGCAGCGCAUCCUCGACCUCAGUGAUGCUCCCAAUAGGUGGUUGCAACUGCAGGCUUUGUGCAAGCAAUUUUCUGUUUCGCUGCCGGAUACCACUUCCCGCAGUUCCAGGGCCUCGACCUCCACCGCAUUGGAGGCACAGCGUCGCAAGGCUAAAGCCGCCCCUAGCCCAACAGCAAGUGACUUUGCCCUGCAGCCCGGCUACUUUCGCAAUGUCGAUGAUUCCCCGGCGGCGGUGCUUACACAAUUGAUGCCAGGUGCUAGUGGGGUUUACUUGUGUGAUGCUGCCGAAGCACCGCGCCUCCUACAGGAUUGGUCGGGCACCAGUGCCGACGAGCUCGGUUUGGUCAUCUUGGGUCAUUGCUGCCCGCAGCCGAGCACAUGCCAAGGUAGCUGCGGGAUCCCCGCUACCACCGCAGCGGGCCACCAGGUUCUCUUGCACGCCUGCUGGCACAAUUUGGGUAAGACUCCCCUUCAUGCCAAGUGCGACAAGGACGCAACUGUUACUUUGCCUGAGGCUGCCUGUGUCUGCGUCACUGCUUUUCAGGAUGAUUUUACUGCUGGGGAUUGGCAGGGGCUCACUGCUAACCCUGUUCGGAUCAUCUCCGAACGAUUGAAGGCCAGCGGCUCUACCGUCGUACUUGAGGCCCCGUGGGGUCGAAGCUUUCGUAAGGGCAAUCGGGCGACGGCCCCGGCAGAGUGUGAGUCGGUUCAGUUCCACUGCCGUGUCCAGGCGGCUGAUCUGCUCCAACUCCUGCGGUACUCUGGCCAUGCCCAAGUGUACUUAACACCAAAGACUUGGCAGGGCGACAUCGCUAAGGGCUAUGCUGUCGUUUGGGCCGCAGGCGAGAAGGAUGAGGUGAUGCGUCAAAGUCUACAGGUACCAGACCCUUUAGGCAUCGUGCGCUCCAAGAAGCGCUUUGGCAUCAGGGUUGCGGAAGCCAACUUCGAAGCAGCCUGGAACAUUGUCCGACCCCAUCAGGAUGCCCCGCCAAAGGUUGAAGUUACUGGCUUGUUCAAGCUCUUGUCGGCGCCGCCUCAGGUUCGUGCCUCUGACAUUCAGAAUUGGGCCCGGCAGAUGAGCUGGGAGGUACGUCCUCUCAGAUGUUUGGGCCCGGGCCAAUGGUUGUUGGGCGCAGCCUCACCGCCCCCUGAAGGGCUCCUCUCUAUGAACAAACAGACAGUGUUGGUCCAGGCCGUUGCCCCGCGUCAGCCUCAGCGCCCAGUCGUCCGGGCAGGACGAGCUCCGCGACCGUCGGCUGCAACUGUCAACAAUACUGCUGAAACAGAGGACCCUUUGGCCCUGAAUGACCCAUCAAAGUCCUACCUUGCCUCCGCUGGCCGGCCUCUUCCCACCGGUAACCCUGUUAGUGGUCCUCGCCAGGCUGAGCCGCCAAACCAGCAGCGAUUUGAUCAGCAGGAAAGCCGUCUUCAGAAACUCGAGGCCGGAUUGGAUGAAGUCCGUCGUGGCCAUACAGCCAUGGCCCAGCAAUUGGCCACAACGCAAACGGUUGUCGAGCAACAAGUCGAGCAAGUCCAAGGCGAGCUCAACAGCUUCGCCCGUGAUUUCCGGCAACAGCUUCAGGCAAAUGCCGAACAGCAGCGUCAGGCGCAAACUGCCCAUCAGCAACAGAUGCAGACUGGCAUCGAUGAAAUCAAGGCCAUGCUUGUGGCAGGUCGCCCCACUGGACAGAAGCGCCCGGCUGCCCUUCCUGAGAUGGGCGAUGCCCAGCAGCUUGGGGAUGGCACCAUUUUGGUGCCCGGGGAUUUUGCUAGGAUUCCGGUCCGCCUUCAGUUCUUUCUCUGGUUUAUCGGGUAUCGUUUUGGGGAGGCCAAAAACCCUGGUCCUCGCUCUCAGUCUGGUUCUCUUACUUUGGCGGUUGUGAAUCCCACCACCAUUCUGGACAAGGAAUGGCACAUCAAUCGGGUUGGAGCCGAUGUGCUCUUUGCAAGCGAGACAUCUGCAAAUGCGCAGGUACAACAGAUUAUGAAUCAUAAGUUUCGGGGAUUGGGGUAUAGUUGCCUGUGGGGCCAUCCAACAGAGACCAGGCACCACACCUCUUCAGGUCGCGCAAUGUUGCGCAGCUACGCGUUGGGCGUGGCCGUCUUCUCCAAGUUGCCGAGUCGUCCGGCUGUGCAGCCACUCCCGGAUGCCAUGUCUUUAAGCUGUCGCAUUUCCGAGGGCUUUGUCAGGUUCCAUUGCAUGGAGGUCAAGGUUAUCUCUGUCUAUGGUGUUCCCAGGUGCCUCCCUGAUGCGGCCCAGCGCAACAAUCUUCUUUUGGCCUGGGCCUUCCAGCGAGCCACUAUCUCUUGUGUUCCCGCAGUUGUGGCAGGGGAUUUCAAUACCUGCCCCACCGACUUGCCUUCCUGGCAAGCUUUUUCCGGUCUUGGCUGGGUUGAGCUUGGCGCCUUCGCAGCACAGGUCCUCGACCUUCACCUUCCAUGCACCUGCAAGGGGGCCACAAGGUUCGACACCUUCCUUCUUCCACCUUCGCUUUCCCAGUUCAUCGUGUCCGCUGAUGUGCUUACCGACGAGCACUUGUUUGAUAGUCAUGCACCGAUGCGGCUGCACUUGCGUAUGCCCGAGGCCUCGCCUCACAAAUGGAUUUGGCCGAUGCCCCGCACAUUUCAGGGCCUCUUGCAGACCACUUCUUCUUUUGAAACCAGCUACCGGCAGCUCUCAGUGACUGCCAGCAAGAGCUACGUGGCUUACCACGCUCCCAUACUGGGCGUUGCCGGGCCACUAUAUCGGGUUCAGGCGGCUCCUCCUUUACUGCCGCGCAGGGGCCGACAUGGGGAUCCCGAGCCAUUCGAUGAGGAUACUUCGGUUCUGGGUCGCCAACGCUUGCGCCAGCUGCGCCGCCUUACCACUUACGGCCGGGGUUUGGCCCGCUUUCUACGUGGCACUCAUCAGGGCCCCAAAACAGCUGAUGGCUGGCCGCUUAGCCUGGACAAGGAAUGGGCCGCAAUUUCACGGGCGGCGGGAUACGGCAGGUGCUUCGCCCGUUGGGUCCUGCAGUGGCCCUGCUUCACCCACUUCCCGCUUUCCCGGCCAACCACAGACUUCGUGGCCGAUCUCACCAGCUUUGUCCGGUUUGACGUGGAGGCCCACCAACGCCAGACGGUUAAUGUAAAGAGUAAGCUGUUCAAGUUCAAGCUCCAAGUGGAUGCCCAGGAAUUUGGGGGUUCACGCAGCUUUGUUCGGGUGCGUGCUCCUGAGAAGCCGCCCUUCAUAUGUGUUUUUCAGCAGUCUCUUCAACCGGCCUGGGUGCAACAACGCCACAGCCACCAGCUCUGGACCUUUCAGGUGCAAGAUCCCUCCAAAUUUGAGUUGUACGGUCAGGUCGCCUAUGCACAGGUCAAAGGCCAGGUCACGCGGGUUUGUGACAAUCUUGUCACGGUCCUUUUCCCCUCAGAUGAGGACGCUGUCUUGCCGCUAAGUGGCUCACUCAGUCGCUCUUUUCAUGAUACUUCCUGGUUUGGGGUUGUUGGCUCUCUUAUGGAGUUCUGGAGCCCCAUCUGGAAUAGAGAUAGCACUUCUGCCUCUGAGGAUAUUCAGGACUGGCCCCAGUACCUGCAUCUUGUCCGUAUGCUUCAGAGCCCGUGCCCCGCGCUCGAUGUUGAUCUUCUUGAUGUCGAGGCCUGGCUUCACGUCGCUCGUAAGCUCUCGCCCAAAAAAGCUGCCGGGCCCUGUGGUUGGCACAAUCACGAUCUUAAGCUCCUCCCGCAGGAGGCUGUUGCCGAUCUUGCCCAAAUCAUGCAUGGCUACCUGGCCACCGGCUUUCCUGCUGACAUCAUGCGUGCUCGCGUGGCAGUCCUAAGUAAGGUCGCCAACCCGGACAGUGCCGCCCAAGCUCGACCGAUCACAGUGCUGAGUUGCCUUUUCAGGUUUUGGGCCAGGGUCCUUUGCACUCAGGUGCUCGCUACUUGGAGUCACCGGCUGCCGGCCUCAAUAGUGGGUUGCUUGCGAGGCCGCUCUGCCUUAGACUUGUCCUAUUCCAUACAGGCGCUCGUUGAGGACAGUCUGAUCAAUUCCACUGACCUGUCAGGGUUCUGCUUGGACCUGAGGAAGGCCUUUAAUUUUCUGCCACGGGCUCCCCUAUCUGAUUUGCUCCAGCGCCUUGGGGUCCCGCCCGCCAUUGCCGAGUGCUGGCGUAAGUCUCUCUCCCGCGUCAGUCGGUGCUUUCAGGUCCGGGGUAGUUUGGGCCCACCGUUGGGCUCCAGCACUGGCGCUCCCGAAGGGGAUCCGACUUCUGUCUUGGGUAUGAUAGCGGUUUGUUGGAUGUUUGUCUCCUUACUGCAAGGUCUUGUGGAGCCCAAAGCAUAUGUUGACAAUCUGUCCUGGUCUUCAGAUGCGCCUGACAAUCACGCCCCGGCCAUUCUUGUGUUACAGGACUUUGUUUCCUCUCUUCGGCUUGAGAUCGAUUGGAAGAAAACUUACCAGUGGGCUACCUCGCCCACCUCACGCAGGUGGUGGCAACAAGUUGGUUCCGCCCUGCUGCCCGCUGGCCAUGGCCUACAGUUGGUAUCUCAUGUCAAAGAGCUGGGCUCUUACCACCAGUUCUGUCGCCGUGGCAGCGCCACCGCUUUCAAUGACCGGAUCGAGGAGGCACAUGCACGCUUGACCAAGUUAGGUACGGACCCUCAAUGCCUCGCCACACGCAGCCUGGUAGUUCAGAAUGGGGUGUGGCCUUUUCUCUUCUUUGGCACGGAGGCUUUGCUACCCUCUGCCACGGCAAUUGGCCGCUUGCGAGGCUCGGCCGCUAGAGCUUUGGUUGGGCCUCACCACACCUUGUCUGCUCAUGCCGCGCUUUGUCUCCUGCCCACCGUCCAGGACCCGGAGGUUUACUUGCUUUGUCAUCACAUUGGACAGUUGAAGCGAGCCUCACGUCUCUCGCCCACCACUGCCCGCCUGAUUUGGCAUCAUCUCUUGCAUAGCCCCACCUCCGCACGAACCGUUUGCGGCCCAGCCGGGGCCCUGCAAGUUCUCCUUCAUCGGAUGGGUUGGACCUGUGCCCCGGAUGGCAACUUUAAAGGUCCGCUGCACUGCCAUUUCCACAUUCACAACAACACCAUGCAGCAGAUACGUUGCUCUAUCGAGCAAGCUUGGGCUGAUAACAUGCAAGAUCAGAUUCUGCAUCGCAAUGGCUUGCACCAGGCCCCUGCACCUCAUGUCAGCUUGACGCACAAAGUGUUUCAAAAGUUUCGAUCCUGGGAGCAACAUUUUCUCGCCCGCCAUUUUUGCGGUGCCUUUAUGUCUGGCGCUGAAAAACAAACUUGGUCCCGAUUAGAGGUUGAUAAUUGCCCUUUGUGUGGUGAGCUAGAUACUAAGGCCCAUAGACUCUUUUCUUGUAGUGCACUUCAGAGCAAACGUUUGCCACAUGCAGAUCCACUGGAACAGGUGCGCACGCAAAAAGCUCAUUGGGUACACAUGCCAUAUGCGUCUUGGCCCUUUGAAGCUUCAGUGCUGCAGCUGCUGUUGGCGCAGCUUCGCCUGCCGCCCCCAGCACCUCCAUGCACUAAGGCAUCGGUCACUUUGCUCACGGACGCAAGUGCUUUGCAUUCAACUUGCCCCACUGCACGUAUCACGGCUUGGUCAGUAGUUGUGGGACAAUGCCCCGCUGCAGCUCCCGACCUGUCUCAGGAGGAUGUUCAACCAGAGCGGCUGCUUACGGAUUUUGCAGUUCUUGCGCAGGGCUGCACCCCCGGCCAACAGACCGUCCCUCGAGCAGAGCUGGCUGCCAUUGUUUGGGUGUGCCAUUGGUUGGCCGCUACUCCGGCGUUGCGGCAGUGCUCUACUCCGAUUGCCAACCAGCUUUGGAUCUUUUCCACAAGUGGCUCAGCUAUGGUUGGACUGCUGUGA